CUUGCUUUCCUUCAUCUGUGUUACUGCUGCUACUGUUUUUUCUCUUUUCUUUUCUUUUCUUUUCUUUUUUUUGGACGUGAAUGGAUUUGCAUAGGUGUGUGAUUGCAGGAACGGGGACGUUGGGGAUGCCGCAUGCGGUCGCGCAGUCAGGAUGGCUGGGUACAUUGGUCGUUGCCCUGGCGCUGUUCAUGUCUACGACUACGGGAAACAUGCUCAUCAAGUGUCUUUACUUGAAGUCUAACACUCGCAGGAAUUCAUACCAAGAGAUCGCACGAGACGCCUACGGUCCCAUAGGCUGCUACUUCGCUGUCGGAACCGUGGGUCUAAAUCUUUUCGGGUGCGCGAUCCUCUACAUCAUCCUCGCUGGAACUCUGAUUCAGACCAUGGUGAACACAGGGCACGAGGAUGAUAGCAGUGCGCCAAUGCCCAUUUAUGUCUAUGUAAUCGCUUGCUCGGCUUUCGUCUGGGCCUGUUUGAUCUGUACAAAGUCAAUGAAAGAAAUUGCCCUGCUUAGUAUCGUAGGAGCGGGCGCAACCCUCGGUGUGGUCCUGAUUACCGUCGGAAUGUCGAUCGAGCUGCUUCAGGAGCGUGCUGCUGUGACCCUAUCCGCAGCACACAAGCUCGUUGACUGGUCCAAGAUCCCGAUGUCGUUUGCGACCAUUGCGUUCGCGUAUGGUGGAAAUGUGGUCUACCCGCAUUUGGAGCAGAGUAUGCGAUACCCGCGCAGCUGGUCCAAGGCCCUGUGGCUGGCACUGUCGCUUUGCUUUGUGAUGUAUAUCAUGAUCGCCGUGGCCGGGUACAUGGCCUUUGGAAGCGAUACCCGGAAUCCUAUUUUGGACAAUUUGCCUCAUGGAGCAUGGUCGAUUGUGGCGCAUUCGCUGAUCACCCUACACGUGCUUCUCGCCGCCCCGAUCCUGCUAACCUCGUUGGCCAUGAUGAUCGAAUCCGCGCUCGAGAUGCGGUCGCCGUCAUUCGCCCAGGGAACCAAAAUCCAACAGUUCCUAAAACGUGCGAUUCCUCGGACGAUCAUCAUUGUUUUGGUCGCACUGAUUGCGUCUGUGAUCCCGUUCUUCGGGGACGUGAUGGACCUGCUGGGGGCCCUGACGACCUGCUUGCUGGUCUUUAUCAUGCCGAUCUUGUUCUAUUACCGAUUGGGGGGCAUGAGCAAUGCGUCGAUAGCUGGUCGAUUAUGGGCGUGGUUUAUUUUUUUGGUCGGAGUGGUGGCUAUGGUACUGGGGACGUAUGAUGCGACGAAGCAUUUAGUACGGGAUAUUAAAAGCAAGUAGACUAGCGCCGGGGUACCAUGAAGGCAUGUAAGCAUGCCAUGGCUAUGUAAUUGGCAGAUCUAUUCUUUGUAUUCUGCAGGAACGCAAGCAGAAACGUGU